GGUCCAAAAAAUUCCGCUCCAAUUCUCUCGCUCUUCUUCUUCGUCUUCUGCUUUCUCUCUCUUUAAAAUCUUACACAAGAUCUCCUCUCUCUAGAAUUUUCAAUAAUGGCGACUAUUUCUGCAAAAUCUAUUCUAGUUCCAAAGAUUUCAUCUUCAUCAUCAAAUUCUAAUGUAUCAUCAAGUAGAUCUUCAUCAUCAUUUCUCCCAUCAGUCAAACCAACAAUCUCGUUGAAAGCAUCUUACUCAAAAUCAAGAUCCUUCGUGAUUAAAAACGGUUUAGGUACAGUUGAAACAAAAGGAUCAUCAUCAGGAACAAACGAUGUCACAAAAGAAACAAAACCAACAAUACUUGUUUCUGAAAAACUUGGCGAAGCAGGAAUUGAAGUAUUGGAAAGUUUUGCAAAUGUUGAUUGCUCAUAUAAUUUAACACCAGAAGAGUUGUGUAAGAAAAUAUCAAAUGUUGAUGCAUUGAUUGUUAGAAGUGGUACAAAAGUAAGUAGACAAGUAUUUGAAGCAUCAAAAGGAAGGUUGAAAGUUGUGGGUAGAGCUGGUGUUGGUAUUGAUAAUGUAGAUCUACAAGCUGCUACUGAAUUUGGUUGUCUUGUUGUCAAUGCUCCAACUGCUAAUACUGUUGCUGCUGCUGAGCAUGGAAUUGCUCUUCUUUCUUCCAUGGCUAGAAAUGUUGCUCAAUCCGAUGCCUCUAUGAAAGCUGGGAAAUGGGAGAGAAAUAAGUAUGUUGGUGUCUCUCUGGUUGGGAAGACAUUGGCAGUCAUGGGUUUUGGAAAAGUUGGAUCUGAAGUUGCUAGACGUGCAAAGGGUCUAGGGAUGCAUAUAAUUGCUCAUGAUCCAUAUGCCCCUGCUGAUAGAGCUCGUGCUCUUGGUGUUGAGCUGGUCUCUUUUGAAAAGGCCAUCACAACAGCAGAUUUCAUCUCUCUCCAUAUGCCUCUAACUCCCACUACCUCAAAGGUCUUCAAUGACGAGACAUUUGGAAAGAUGAAGAAAGGAGUUCGCAUUAUUAAUGUGGCACGAGGUGGAGUUAUCGAUGAAGAUGCCUUGGUUAGGGCACUUGAUAGUGGAGUAGUAGCCCAGGCCGCACUUGACGUUUUCACUGUGGAACCCCCACCUCAAGAUAGCAAAUUGGUGCAACAUGCAAAUGUUACGGUCACACCUCAUCUUGGUGCUAGCACAAAGGAAGCUCAGGAAGGUGUAGCAAUUGAGAUUGCAGAGGCUGUGGUAGGUGCACUGAAUGGGGAACUUUCUGCAACCGCUGUGAACGCUCCCAUGGUUCCUGCUGAGGUGUUAUCUGAACUUGCGCCUUAUGUAGUACUAGCUGAGAAGCUUGGUAAACUGGCUGUACAGUUGGUAGCUGGAGGGAGCGGUAUUAAAUCUGUCAAGGUGGUAUACAAAUCUGCUAGAGACCGAGAUGACCUAGACACCAGACUUCUCAGGGCCAUGAUUAUUAAAGGAAUCUUCGAACCAAUUUCCAGCAAUUUUAUUAACCUAGUGAAUGCAGAUUACACAGCUAAAGAAAAGGGUGUUCGCAUCAGUGAGGAAAGAAUUGUGGUUGAUUCCUCCCCUGAAUUUCCAGUUGACACAGUUCAGGUCCGUAUUGCAAAUGUUGAAUCCAAAUUCGCUGGUGCUAUGUCAGACAACGGUGAAAUAUGCAUUGAGGGAAAAGUAAAGGGCGGUGUACCUCAUCUGACAUGCGUGGGAUCAUUCAGCGUGGACGUAAGUAUUGAGGAAAGCCUUAUACUUUGUAAGCAAGUAGAUCAACCUGGUAUGAUUGGACGAGUUGGAAGCAUCCUUGGACAGAGAAAUGUGAACGUCAGCUUCAUGAGUGUCGGUAGAAUAGGUGUGAGGAAACAAGCUAUUAUGGCUAUCGGUGUUGAUGAAGAACCUGACAAGGACACCCUAAAACAGAUAGGUGAUGUUCCUGCUAUUGAAGAAUUCGUCUUCCUCGACUUGUAGAAGGAAACAAAAUAUUCUGUUUUACUCUAAAUAUUGAAGAAGUAUGAUGUUUAAGUACUCGUAGAAGUAUUUUUGUGGUAUUUUCACUAUAGUACGUAUUUUUGUGGUAUUUUCCCUAUAGUACGUCGCCCUGCUAUAAAGAAAAUCUUAAAUGGUGAGGGGAGGUGAUUUGUUUUGUUAUUCUCUAUCUGUAGUUAAGUGGUGGCGUUGCAUAAAUUGCAUUUGUGUGUUUGCUUCUUGUGAUUUUAUCAUUGGGCGUUCACAGAAGCAUUGAACCCCUCUUUGAUGUAAGUUCAGGCUUUGUCAAGCCCUUUGUGUAUCUGGUAGAACUUUUGCGUUCUUUUUGAGCUGUGAUCAGUGGUUGUUGCAACAAAAUAGUACUGUCAUUUUUCUUGGGAGU